AUGCUUCAUAACGCUGACGCGAUGAAUCCCGGUGGAGGCACGUCAUGUAGAUUAUGCGAUGCUUCAGAUGCUGUUCAAGGCGGUAUUGACACGCCGAGUCGCGAGUACGAAGCAGUUAUCUGCGCGCAGCUUCGAAGGCUUAUCGAGAACGGGCAGGUUGCAUGGCGGCGCUCGAUGAGUCUCUGGUACAUUCUGCUUCGUAGCGCUACAUUUGAGCAGAACAAGGCUAUAUGGGUUGCUUGCGCCAUGCUUAUCACUUCGUGUGUGCUGCAUUCCCUCGCGCGGGUUAUUAUCUGCACGUGUGUAUUCAUUGUUAUCUACUUUCUUUACAUACUACUGCAAGGGUAUCUGUUUUGGAUGCGCAUGACAGAGGUAAAGUACCGCACGGCGAACGUUAUGGCUGAGGUUAUUCACCGAUGGACUUCACGCAUCGGAUCAGCGAAGCAACCCAGUCAGACUGCACAGGAGCGGCGUAUUCUGUUCAUUGAAUGCUUUGCACAGCUCCCUUUAAAGGCGUUUCGGAUGGUCGCCAUCGUUGAUUCUCGCACCCAACGCCUCAAGCACAUCCAGAAGUGUCUUAUGGUAAAAGGUGCCCGACGACUGGACGAGGCGAUGCUCAGGGCACGUCGCUAUGUGGAGCCAGUUGGCAUCUGUAAACUUGUCGACGUUAUGCGGAUUGCGCUAGAAAACAACGCGAUUGUACUCAAAUCCCUUACAGACAAGUGCAAGCCACCACGCCUACCCAACUUAUUUAUCUCCGCCACCGAAUUCAUUGAGGACGAGGCUACAACAGAUGAAAGUGACGGGGAGAACGACUCACGUACCCCCGCGCUCGGCGGUGCCGGUGGGAUCUCCACAUCCGCCUCGCAGCAGAUGGAGUACUUUACCCAUCGUGUGAUGCUCUUCUUGUGGGUUGCUGGUUUGAUUAUUACCGUCGGCGUGGGUCUGUUUCGUUACGCCACAGGAAGGACCACCCUUUACGAGGGUGUCUUUCUGAACCCCCCUGUUGCCCUGCUAGGGCUACUGCCAGUGAAUGCCAUUGUGCUUAAUCGUUUUCUUGUGCUCUACGCGAACAUCUCAUUAGAUAAGCUCUUCCAUUUGUUGGUGUCAAAACGCACGCAUUUCCUCGAUGACCGUUUGCCACGCUUCUCGUUCUGGUCUACGCUGUACACAGCGCUGCGUGUUUUUUUCCGUGUUGAGCCGAAGUGUGGGGGCCGCAAUCCCCUCGUGUUCUCCAUCUCCCUUGUGGAUGUACUGGCAAUGGCCUCCGUCAUCGCAAUGCUGGAUCAGGAUGGCAUUGUAACCGAUAUGGUGCCGCUGCCUGUUGAGGUUCUGAUGCUGAAGCCACCACCUGAAGCGGCGAGCUCCUCCAGCGAUAGCGAGGACGAUAUCAUGGACUGCCUGACGGGGAGCGAGGAAGUCGAGGUGAGGGAGCGGCGGCGCAAUAUGAAGAAGCAGGUCAGACGGAACAAAUUUCAGGCAAACCGUCUCGUGACACUGCGUUUCACUCAGAGCGCCAAAGAGGACCUCGCAGUGGAGUUUGCCGAUGCGAAGGAUAUGCAAAAGUAUCAGAUGCACGUCCGCCCGAUUUGUCUUGGGAUUCUUGUGCACGCCUUGGCUAAGCCUUCGAUGAACUUGGAGACGUGGACGGAGCCAUUUCGUUUUGUGGACCGCUCGCUGCGUUGGUGUCGGGCGAUGCACUGGAUACCGCGUGCGUAUGGUUUCUCAGAUAGCGUCGCGGAAGGGUUUUUAGUGAUCUUACGCAUCUUCAACAUCGAGACCUGUGCUAGUACAGGCUACCGCAAUCAGACUCCAGAGCAGUCGUGCUCGCUCCUGCUUGAGGACAGCGAUAGAAUUCUUCAUGUUUUCACCAUUGGUACCCCGCACAUGGUCACGAAGCACUGCACCACGUACUGGACCGGCACCACAGUGGAUGCGUUCCACAAAGAGGAAAAGAUUGAGGUGAUGCAUACUGGUAAGCGCCAGUGGGAGGAUAUGAUGUGCUAUGAGACCGUCGCACUCGCCCACCGAGUGCUUCCCGAGCGUUACCGGUCUUUUGUUAGCACGCUGCCACGGGACCCCCGACAGCACCGCGAGUAUUUCUUCUGUGAUGGUGAGGAGGUCAAUGGCGACUCCUGGAAGAAGGUUCUGACGGAGCGUGGCGCGCCGCACCCGCAGCGUGGGAUGAAAGGUUCUGACAAGGAAGCUCACUGUGUAAAGAGCCAUGAGCAAGCCAGCAAGGUCCUCUACGAUAUCAUGGAGGGCGGCUGCUGUGAGCACAGGGAUGAUGGUGUCCAGACGGCGCACCUCGGAAAGAGGGGUUGCGUGCAACACCAUCGCAGUGCAAGCUUUUCGGCACCUACGCUGCCCUCGCGGCAUAGCACGCAACGCCUGAUGCCGCCCCGGUCGUUGUCCUUCGGUGAUCAGCCCAGCGAGAAAGCAGGUGCCCUGGAGGAGGACGACUGCCUGACACCUAACACCUUCAUCCGUCUAAUGGCCACGACCUCACACACUUUUCUCGGUCUCGUCGCGCUGAGGGACUCUGUACGACCUAACGUCCAGACCUCGAUGGCGAUGCUUGACGAGGCCGGCGUGCGGUGUAUGUACUUUGUGGCGGGGAACAAGCGCCGGGCGCACAGCUUCGGGUCCCGUGUAGGACUCGAGACGGACUGGAAUUGCUGUAUUUCCCUGAAAGGGGACUCCGUUGCGCUCGAUCCGCACAGUAUUCGUGCCCAGCUGCCCUUCGGCAUCAAGUCCAUCCGAAAGCACAUUCUCCACGUCGACCCCAUCCCGCUGCAGGUGAAUCUGUUCUCACAUGCACACGGCGUCGCGACGCGGGCGAUGCUCUCCAUCCUGCAGGACAAUCACGAAGUCGUUAUCGCAGUGGGUUCUGUGUUCAACCACAGCAACGUCAGGAGCUUUAUACAAGCGGAUCUCGCCAUCGGCGUGCUGCCCACACGGCGCGGCCUGAACGCGGACAAGGAGCACAGUCUCAAGCGAAGUCGGAUUGUCGAGCCGUCUGAUUUUUCCGCCACCAACACCCUUAAUCGAGACCUUCCGCUCUAUCGCAACAUCGCCGAGUUGAUUGGAUGCGCUUGCACUCUGCGCUCGCCGCCGACAACGUCGGUCUUGCCCAUCUUAGUGACCAUGGUGCGACAGGCACGGUUGCGUCUCAGUGGCAUCAGUAACUGCAUCGAAUUCAUUCUACACGCGAACGUGUUCGUUGUGAUGGUCAAUACCAUCGCCCUACUGGUGUGUGGGUUUCUUCUUCUGGAGCCGAUUGUCGUGGUCUUCGAGCUGAACCUCAUUCUACCCAUCUUGGCGUUGGCCUGUACUCACACGGCGCACUCCAGCGCUGAUAUCAUGAAGACCAUGCCAUCGCGCGUCAACUAUUUUGUCCGGCUCGCUAUCUUCAAGCACAGCGCCGUGGUGUGGGGGUUGCGAUACCUCCCUUCCGUGGCUGGGAUUCUCGCGCUUGGGCUUACCGCCGCCGGGCGCCUCUGCGAGGGCGGGGUGCCGAGUCUCGCGCGGAACCCCCCAGACCGCUGUGUGCACGCCGCGCGAGGCUACGUCUGCUGGACGCUAAACUACUGGCUCCUUCUGCACGGCUGGACGCAUCUCAGCCGGCACCACCCCAUCACCCUCGGCCUCCCGCACCGGCUCUGCCACGGCCGGCCCUCACCUCACCACCGAUCUGCGCGUUUUCUCAAAGUGGGCGCCCUCGUGGUGGGGCUCACGUUGGGGCUCGUCCUCGCCAGCACUCCCGGGGCCGCCCUCGGGGCCGCGUUUCUCCCUUCGCCUGCGCAUACUCUCGUUUCGUUGACUUUCCCGGUCGUUUUUUUGGCGUUGGAUGUGCCGAUUAAGCGGUGGCGUGCGCGGCGGUUUUCUCUGAUGCAAAAAUUUCGCAAGUUGAGCUUUGGCACUCGCCUCGGGAUGCACUCCCCACGCGGGGACUACGAGCCGGAGGGGAUGAUGCACGGUGGGGUAGGCUCCACUCACCACGCAGGUGGGGAGCGGGCAGAAGGGGGGGAUGGCGACGAGGCGGUGCGUAUCCCUUUUCGUAAGUGCAUCAGUGAAGCUUUUUACCGGUAUACCACGAUUCGAGGGGGGAAGUUGGAGUUGAAUUGCGUGUGCUGUGAUCACAUCGGUGGUAAUUACGCAUCGUAUCUGACUCCAACAAACAUGUGA